CUGUGAACAUCAGAAGAAGAAUUAACCUACAAGUUAAGAGAGAGAGGAAUCAAUUCAGGCGUAACAACUGUACGCUAUUGUCAAGAUGGCGUUUGCUAAAGUGAAGAGAACUGAAGACACCGAGGAACAAAGAGAGGAUUUAACCUGAACCAGGCUUAACUCCUGAACUCCUAGCAUUACCCUCUCUCUCUCUCUGUGUGUGUGUGUGGCCUGCCAGUGAACAAUGGACAUACGACAGUUCUUUAAAACAAAAAAGGCAGAUUCAGUGCCAAGGGAAAGAGAGGGAGAUGGAGAAGGAGAAAGGGAAAGGGAGAGCAUGCAGGAAGAACCAGACCUGAUGGAAGUGGAAGAAGAACUGAAUGACAUGGGGCAGAAGCAUCAGUAUCAGAAACCAGAAAAAUUCAUAACUGCGGAAAAAAAAGAAUGUCCAAAGAUUGAAAUGCAUUUAUUACAAAGAACAACACAAAAAACAAGAACCAAGACAUCUUUAACCUGCCCUCAGUGUGGAAAGAGUUUCAAACAACAAGGAAAUCUUAACAAUCACUUAAGAACUCACUCUGGAGAGAGGCCAUUCACAUGUCUUCAGUGUAGAAAGAGUUUCAAACAACAAGGACAUCUUAACAAUCACUUAAUAACUCACUCUGGAGAGAGGCCAUUCACAUGUCUUCAGUGUGGAAAAAGUUUCACACAAAAUAAUUGCCUAAAAAUUCAUAUGAGAAUUCACACUGGUGAGAAGCCUUUUACAUGCCUUCAAUGUGAGAAGAGUUUUACUUAUAGAGAAGGCCUAAACGUUCACAUGAAAACUCACACUAUGGAGACCUUGACAUGCCAUCAGUUUGGAGAGAGUUGUACUAAUGAAGAACACCUUAAUAAUCGCAUGACGAUUCAAAGUAGAGAGUGUCCUUUCACAUGUCUUCAGUGUGGUAAGAGUUUUACACGUAAUGCGCACCUUCAGAGGCACGCAAGAAUUCACACUGGAGAGAAGCCAUUCACAUGUCAUCUGUGUGGGAAUAGUUUUGCUCAAGAACACCACCUUAAGAAUCACAUGAGGAUUCACACUGGAGAGAAGCCUUUCAUGUGUUUUCAGUGUGGAAAGAGUUUUACACAGGCAGGCAAUCUCCAAAUUCACCAGCGCACUCACUCUGGAGUAAAGCCACUUAAACGUAAAUGUGAAAAAUGUUAUAUGUGCUUUGAAUGUGGAAAAACCUUUAACAGACCCACUAACUUCAAAGUGCACCAAAGAGUUCAUACUGGAGAAAAACCGUACAAGUGUUCACAUUGUGGAAAGAGUUUCAUUUAUUCAAGAAGCUUGAAAGAGCACCAAAGAAUCCAUACUGGAGAAAAACCGUACAAGUGUUCACAUUGUGGAAAGAGUUUCAGUCUGUCAGGGAGCCUGAAAGUACAUGAAAGAGUGCACACUGGAGAGAAGCCGUACCACUGCUCUUUAUGUGAGAUGAGUUUCAGCACAUCAACUUCUCUUAAGAAACACAUGAUUCAUCACCAUAAGCAAAGUUCAUCUUCUGGUCCAACGCAUUCAAAUGAAUAGAGAGCAAUUCAGAUAAACCACACAUUUAUUUUCAUUUUGACAAGGGAAAUAAAGGGUUUAUUGCUGUGUGAAGAAUGAGAAAUUUUAAGGUUGUUUUUUCUUUGUUUUUCUCUUACAAAAGUUGGAUUAUGAAUUGGAUAAGCAUAUGAUCCUAUGUUAAAGAGUGUGGCGGUGCGAGUAAGAGACAGACACAGUGUGCAUGAUGUCAGGCCUCAGAGAGGUGUUUAUUGGAUGUAAUAAAAAUAAAAUGUCAAAAAUGGGGGAAAUAAUGUGUCCGGUAGGGGGGCUGUUCAAAAUGAAGGGGAAUCUGAAACUGGGUAGUGUCCAAAGGGAUGGUCCAGGACGUAGGUGGGGUCCAACGGCUGCACGCACUCCCAUCCGUGGUCCAUGGUGCAAGAGGCAGCGGCUUCUGUGGAGCCUGUCUUCCAAGUCACAGAGGGUAGGGUCCCGGCAUCUAAUUCGACCAGUACUCUCCCUGCUCUGCUCCUGGAUAAACAAGGACACCAGUGUUUGCACACAUGGAGAAUAGAAGUCGGCGCCCCGAGAAGAGGCUCCCUCUACGUUUAUUUGGCAGCAGUGACGAGGCUUAACACAUCACGUUUGUCUCAUUCCGCCAAGGUUAUAAUAGUUUUGAAUUCUUUAGAGUUUAUUUCAUUUUCAAUGUUUGUUAGUUAUUUGUUAGUUUUAGUUUAGUUUUUCAGUAUAUUUAGUUUUUAUUUUAGUGUUUAUAUUAAGGGAGAAUGGGGAAAACUGGUAUUGCUAAUGUGGUCAUACAGUUGGACUCCCUAAUGUCCAAUUUGUAAAUGAUAUUAUUGUGGAUGUCCUCCAAAUAGGAUUUUUCUUAGGGCCCCCAUAUUCUUAGAAACGGCCCUGCUUCUAGUAUAUCUCCACGGUAAUGUGCUCAAGCCACGUGAUAAGACGCGCGGAUUGACUGUCUCGGAGGCAACUGAGAUUGGUGCUCCGCCACCUGUAUUAAGACGUGUCACUACACCACCACAAGGACUUGGAGCGCAUUGGGAAUUGGGCAUUCCAAAUUGGGGAGAGAAUUUUUUACGCACCCUGUAUUAUUUUCAACAACAGAAUAAGAACUUUGUAAUAUGGCCUUGGCUAUAUCACAAAAAAAGCAGGUUACUUGAGCCUUCAAAAAUCCCCUUGUCCUGGACGAGUGUUAAUGUGAAACCCUGCUGAACUUCAAACCAAAUUCUUUACCAGUUCCAAAUGAAAUCUAAAUAAAAUUGAUGGGGUAAAAUGGAAUGAGUGAUUGCUGAUGCUAUAAGGUAUUAGGUAUCUUCAUGUGAUGUAGACCUGAUUGUGGGUUUAAAGGUUAAAAAUCACAGCAACGAAAGCUAAAUCUUAUUCAAGAUUUUUAUUUUAUUCCAGUUGGUUUCAGGGCCAUGCAUUUUUAUUUUAGUUUAGUUUGUUUUUCUAAUUUUUUCCAGGUUUUAAAAUUCUUUUACAUUUGGUUUUAGUCUUUGUUUUAGUUUACAAUGCAAUGAGGACAGUGUACUGACAGUAUUGCUCAGCUGUUUUUUUUUUUUUUGCUUUGAUUGAAAAAUGAAGAAGAGUUUUACUGUGAGAAUACCUGGUCCUUAAGUCUCUGUGAACAGCAUAGUCUCUUGACACAACAACCGUCGAGUCAGUGAUAGUAAUUGUCCUUUUGUAGAGGCAUCUGUUAUUCUGUAGAAGAACACAGAGGAAUAUAUUUUUUUAAUCAACCAACGGUGUUCAUUUUUGGCACAGAUUAAUCUGUAAAACUGAUAUAUCAGUCUACCACAAGGUUUAAAUUAUACCCAGAUCACGUCUAAAUGACUUUGAUUAAGGACCGAUUGUUUGCAAACCUUUUUUCUUAGUUAAAGGUUCUUUAAGCAUUUUUUUUAUGGAAAAGUAUGCAAAAAAAUGUCCUACUCCCUUAAAGCUAUUAAGGAAAUAAGAGAUAACUCACUGACCGCUGUAGACUAUGUAAACGGCAAACUAAAAUUAGUUUUUGGAUAUUGACGCUCUUCACUUGUCAAUCAUUUUGCUCGUUCACAGUGUUGUAUUUGAAGUAGAUAAUUGAGGCUCCAAACAAUGUUGCUCUGUUUUGGUCUCAAAAUGAUCUUUUUUCAUUUAUUAAUUUAUCAACUUUAUUUUGAAAUUGUAUACUUUACAUUGUGACACUUAUACAGUACUUGUAUUAAAAUGUGUCAUUCCCUUUAUCAAAACUUACUGCCUCUUAGUCAUUUAUUUUAGUCUGAUUUUUUCAUGCAUCACUGUGAAGUAUAAAUGUUUGCAUGGAUGCUUUUAUUUAAUUAGGAAUAUUAAAAUGUUCUGUUAGAUCAGCUAAUCUUUCCACUCAUAUGUCGUGGUGCAUUAAUCUGCUAUCUACACAAUCUGAGUUACAAUUUGUUUGAGUUUUCUUGUAUUCAGCAGAUCAUUGGCAUUCACAGACCACCGCAUGGGGCAGGGGUGGAACGAUAAUAAACAGGCACUAAAAAUAUUACGUUAAAACAUUUUACGGUAUUUCAGCAUUUUUUCAUUUAUACUUCAUCCAUGGUAUCAAACACUAUUACCAUGAUUACCACAUUUAUAUGGUAUUUUGCCAAA